AUGUCAGACAAGGAAGUUUUGCUCCCUGGUGGUCAUGGGCUUAUGGUCAGGGGCUAUCUUCCCGUGAUAAACACCCUUGCCAAAGGUCUAGACAUCCGCUUGGCCCACAGGGUUACAAGAGUAGCAAGGCGUUAUAACGGGGUGAAGGUGACAGUAGAAGAUGGUAGCACAUUCGUGGCGGAUGCUGCUAUCAUUGCUGUUCCUCUUGGUGUGCUCAAGUCAGGAAGCAUCGAGUUUGAACCAAAGCUUCCAGAGUGGAAAAGAGCUGCCAUUGAUGACCUUGGGGUGGGAAUUGAGAAUAAAAUAGUAUUGCAUUUUGACAAGGUGUUCUGGCCAAAUGUCGAAUUUCUGGGUGUGUUUUGUUGGAUUGAUCAGAUUCAGUAUCUUGUGUCUCGAUGGGGUUCAGAUGUUAACUCACUUGGUUCCUAUAGCUAUGAUACAGUAGGAAAACCCCAUGAUCUGUAUGAGAGGCUACGGGUACCGGUAGAUAACCUAUUCUUUGCAGGGGAAGCUACGAGUGUGGACUACCCUGGGUCGGUACACGGUGCAUUCUCAACUGGCCUGAUGGCUGGUGAAGACUGCAGGAUGCGUGUGUUGGCACAUUAUGGCGAACUGGACUUGUUCCAGCCGGUAAUGGGUGAAGAAUCCCCAGUGUCUGUCCCACUCUUGAUAUCCCGUAUGUAGAUGCAUUUACAGGGGAUCAGCUAUACAUUGUUGCCAACUCUAUUCAGUCAAUGUGUGGUAGUCUCAAGCA